UUGUACAGCGCGAGCGAAAGAGAGAGAGACAGCGAGAGCGAGAGAGGAGUGUGCGCGUGUAUGUGUGUGUGUAAGUGCUACCGAGAGAGCGAAAAGAAGGAGGGGGAAAAAACAAUACGUGCAUUUUUUUUUUGUCCAUCGCAUAUUGCUCUUAGGUUAGACUGUCACUUUGGCUGUGUUUUCGUCGCGCGAGUAUUGCCUCUUGAAAACCUGUACCACCAGCACCAGCACCACCCAGAGCCACGCAGAGUCCUGGUCUGAGCAGCAGCCCCCCGAAAAAGUCCCAACGCGGCGGUUUCAGCGGGCAUGAGCUAACCCAGCCCGACAUGGAGACCAAACCGUUCCUGUCACUGGGGUUCCUGAAGCCCCAGUGCUCCUUGGCCCCUCCCCCCCAGCGAGGUCGUCCAGGUGAGGGCUGCACCUGCUUCAGCGGGAUGUGUUCCCUGCACCAGCGCCGCCUGGCCACCGGCAACCCCCACUACUCCUCGGGUCAGAUGACCUCGUCGCCCCUGGGCUCGCCCACGUCCCACCGGGGGAUGCACCCGUCGCUGCUCAGCCCGGGCUCCAUGGGCCCCCAGGGGCCCCUGCACUCCCCCAUCAGCAGCCUCAGCUCCCCCAUCAACGGCCUGGGCUCGCCGUUCUCCGUCAUCAGCUCCCCCAUGGGCCCGCACUCCAUGACGUCGCCCGGCAUGGGCUACGGCCCCAGCGUCAGCCCCCAGAUGUUCCAGCUGAACUCGCCCCUCAGCAGCUCGGAGGACAUCAAGCCCCCGCUGGGUCUGAACGGCGUCAUGAAGGUCCCCGCCCAGCCCUGCGGGACGCCGCUGUCCCUCACCAAACACAUCUGUGCCAUCUGCGGUGACCGCUCCUCAGGUAAACACUACGGCGUGUACAGCUGCGAGGGCUGCAAGGGCUUCUUCAAGAGGACGGUACGCAAGGACCUGACCUACACCUGCCGGGACAACAAGGACUGCAUCAUCGACAAGCGCCAGAGGAACCGUUGCCAGUACUGCCGAUACCAGAAGUGUCUGGCCAUGGGCAUGAAGAGAGAAGUGUUGUUACACGCAGCCGUUCAGGAGGAGCGGCAGCGGGCCAAGGAGAGGAGUGACGGAGAGGUGGAGUCCAGCAGCAGCUCCAACGAGGACAUGCCGGUGGAGAAGAUCCUGGAGGCGGAGCAGGCCGUGGAGCCCAAGACCCACACGUACACCGAGACCAACCUCGGGGCCCCGUCCAGCUCGCCCAACGACCCGGUCACCAACAUCUGCCAGGCGGCGGACAAGCAGCUGUUCACGCUGGUGGAGUGGGCCAAGAGGAUCCCCCACUUCUCAGAGCUCCCCCUGGACGACCAGGUUAUCCUGCUGCGAGCAGGGUGGAAUGAGCUGUUGAUCGCCUCCUUCUCCCACCGCUCCAUCUCGGUGAAGGACGGGAUCCUGCUGGCCACCGGGCUCCACGUGCACCGCAACAGCGCACACAGCGCCGGCGUGGGCGCCAUAUUCGACAGGGUGCUGACAGAGUUGGUGUCCAAGAUGAGGGACAUGCAGAUGGACAAGACAGAGCUGGGUUGCCUCAGAGCCAUCGUCCUCUUCAACCCAGAUUCGAAGGGUCUCUCCAACCCGGGGGAGGUGGAGGCCCUCAGGGAGAAGGUGUAUGCGUCUCUGGAGGCCUACUGCAAGCAUAAGUACCCUGAGCAGCCGGGCAGGUUCGCCAAGCUGUUGCUACGGUUACCGGCGCUGCGCUCCAUCGGCCUCAAGUGCCUGGAGCACCUCUUCUUCUUCAAGCUGAUCGGGGACACGCCCAUCGACACCUUCCUCAUGGAGAUGCUGGAAGCACCACAUCAGAUGACAUAGGGAUGGCGAGGGAAGGCGGGACUUCCUCUCUGGUCCUCCAAUCCCCUGCCUGGUCAUCAUCCUCAUCGUUGUCAUCGUCUUAUUGGACGCCACCACACCAGCGCCGCCCUCCCGCCCCCCCUGGACCUAUCAGGCAUGGGAGCAGUGGGGUAGGGGGAGGGGUCCUGUGACUCCCCCCCCGGCCCGGUGAGGGACAUCGCGCUCAUGCACGUUGCGCCGGACCCCUGGGCGUGGACAGCCUCGAUGCCCGUUAGCCGGUCGCCACGGUUACCGUGGAUGUGCGUUGAAAUGCGCUGCGAUGAGGUGGGGGGAGCGAAACAGAAGAUGAAUUCAUAGUGUCUUUUUUUUGGGUUUGUUGCUCUGUUUUAUACCUUGUAAAAAUAUAUAAAUAAGAAAUAUAUAUAGACAUAUAUAUAUUAAAGUGAGAGACACCGACGCGCAUGAGACGCUAAAAGACUGAGAUGGACCCGAAUGAACUGGACGGAAUGUUUCUCUUUCUUUUCUCCCGACUGAAGGAAGAUAUACCAGCGGUUUACGGCGAUCAGGAAUAAAGACAAACCCUUAGCUUUGCUUGUUUGCAGACAUGUUCCUAGCAGUGAUGACGUCACCCCUGGACGCUCUCUAGAGUUGUGGACGAGACAAUCGUGUUCUGGAGACCGCCGGUCGGUCAGCGACACGUGCCGACCGACUCGAACCCGGACCCUACGAAACCCCGGGUAUACCGUCUGUCAGGACCUUAGCAUCUCUCUCUCUCUCUCUCUCUCUCUCUCUCUCUCUCCCGCCCUCUCACUCUCUCGCUCUUUCUCUCUCUCUCUCUCGCGCUUUCUCG